AUGUCUCUACCCUCAAAAUCAACAGCGCCCGCCCUGUUCGUCGACCAAGACUGCAAUUACAAAAUCAUCCACGAUGUGCCCGUGCCCGAGCUCGUCCCGGGCGAGGUCGUCGUCAAGGUAUCCUUCUCAGGCGUCAACCCGGCCGACGUCAAGCACGCGCCGCACCUCGGCGUCCGCUCCACGGUGAUGGGCUACGACUUCAGCGGCCACGUCGUCGGCGCAAACCCGGGCUCGCUCUUCAAAGCCGGCGACGUCGUGGCUGGACAUGUGCCCACCGGCGUCGGCAAGCCGUGGAAGUACGGCGCCCACCAGGAGUACCUCGCCUGCCCCGAAGAGCUCCUCUUCAAGGUGCCGGCCAACCUCCCCCUCGACCACGCAGCGGCUCUCACCACCGUCGUGGCGACUGCCGCCGAUGGGCUGUACAGCAUCUUCAACUACCCUCUUCCGGGAGAACAGCCCGCCGCGGGGUUCACGCGCGGGCCGCUGCUCAUCUGGGGCGCGUCGACGAGCGUGGGGUUGUGCAUGCUGCAGCUCGCCCGCGCAAGCGGCGCAUCCCCCAUCUUCGUCACCGCAUCGCCCAAACGGCACGCGCUGCUGGAGAAGCUCGGAGCGACGCGCUGCUUCGACUACGCUUCCCCGGAUGUGGUCUCGGCGAUCGAGGCCGCGGUGGCGGAGGCGGGGCCGAUUGCGUACGCCGCCGACUGCGCCGGGUCGGUCGGCGAGGACAGCUCGGCGGAGCAGAUGCUGCGGUGCGUCGGCGCGGAUGCGAGCGUGCUCUCCGUGGUCGGCGGGAAGAACAAGCGCCUCAAGAUGCCGCUGGCCUCGGCGCAUUCGCCGGUGAAGCUGGCGUUCGGGGGCGGGCCGACGGUCGAGAUCCCUGCGAGGCCAGAGGCGGCGGCGAAGAUGUGGAAGUCGGUGCACUGGACUGUCGAUAACUACGGCAGCAAGUUUGAGUUGCCGGUGGUGGAUGUGUUCAAGGGCGAGGCCGAGAAGGCGCUGGAGGAGGUGAAGAAGGUGGCGGUGCUGGGAAAGUUUGGCAAGUUGGUGUUGGGACAUCCGCUGUCAUGA